UGCUAGCCUUAGAUCUUGGUGUAUCUCUUAUUCUUUGCACUUACCUAGCUACAUGCAUUUCAUUAAUGGGUCUGUGCAUACCUGGUCAUAAUUUUAUUCAUGAAAUAAUGUUCCUAAUAAUGAAUCAUCUGCUGCACUAUCUUGAAGUUUUUUGGUCCCAUAUGCAUAGCCUGGUUUUUAAAAAAAAAAGUGGGAACUCUGGGAUACUGUUAUGCAUUUCUCCUGGUUCAUGAAAGAUUUCUAUUCCAUAUGAAAGCCCAUCUAAAAGCGCAAAUAUCAUCAGCAGUUUGAGCUAUGCAUAUUUUUGGUGUAGAGUGUAUGAAAGGAACAGUUACAGGCUGUAAGCUGUGCUGUACUAUUAGUGAUGUUCUCUAUCAGCAGUCACUGUUGACUAUUAAUAGAAUGAUUGAACACCAAGAACAUUUUGGACAUGUAAUUUCUGGUUUUACAUUUCAUCAAUUUCUGCAAGUCUGGUUCCUAGUAAUAUGCAUGCAGAUACUGCACAAGGUGCAAGGGGAGAAGUGAAAAGUGGGUAGUAAAAAAUUUGAAUGAUGCAACACUGGGUCUGGCAGCAUGUAUCUGGCUUCCAUGAAGACCUUGAUGAAGAUUUUGAUCCGCACUGCCCAGCCAAGCAGGAGGGCAUCCUGUGCCACCAUCCUGGGGAUUGAGAGCAGCUGUGAUGACACUGGUGCAGCUGUCGUGAAUGAAGCUAAAGAGAUACUUGGCGAGGCUCUUCACAGCCAAAAACAGCUUCAUAUUGACUUUGGUGGAAUCAUCCCUCCCUUUGCACGAGAGCUGCAUAGGAAGCAUUUACCAGCAGUGGUUGACUCGGCACUCAGUGCAGCACGAAUGACAGUCUCAGAUGUAGAUGCCAUUGCUGUUACUGUCAAACCUGGUAAGCAUGAUGCAUGGAAAGAGAUAGAGCUGAAAAUGAAGUUCCCAUUCUUGGUACUUUUGGUAUCUGGAGGGCAUUGCAUUCUGGCUCUUGUGCGUGGAGUCACAUCAUUCUCCAUCCUUGGUUCCACAUUGGAUGAUUCUCCUGGAGAGGCCCUUGAUAAGAGUGCCCGUCGGAUGAAGCUGAGGAAUCUCCCUGAGCUCUCCAUGUUAUCAGGAGGAGAAGCCAUUGAGAAAUUGGCUCAACAAGGAGAUCCUUCUGCAUUUCAGUUUCCUUUCCCCUUGGGAAGAGCACGUGAUUGCAAUUUCAGUUUUUCUGGCCUCAAAUUCUACUUAUUGAAAACUAUCCGAAGGUUAGAGGAAAAACAAAAGGUGGAGGGAGAUCAGUUGGUUCCUGAAUUGGCAGACCUUUGUGCCUCCUUCCAGUUUACGGUGAUGAAACAUCUUUGCACUCGAGUCCAAAGGGGCAUGGGAUUUCUUGAUCUCAAUGAUUUGAUGCCAAAAAAUGAAAGAACUUUGGUGGUUUCCGGAGGAGUGGCAAGCAACAACUUUCUUCGGUCUGCUUUGGAGCGUGUAUGUAAUGAGUACAAUUACAAAUUGGUUUGCCCCCCACCACGUUUGUGCACAGACAAUGGGGUCAUGAUAGCCUGGAACGGGGUGGAAAAGUGGAUAAUUGGCUGUGACAUCACGCAUGAAUUCGACUCCAUUGUUCCUGAGGGCAGGUGUGUAAACAAAACUACUCACGUGUUUGAAUUAUUGUGGGAAAGAAACUGACUUUUUUACUUGUAGAGUGGUAAAUGCGUGGAAUGCGUUAGACGACGACGUAGUGGCUACCGUGACUACCCUUCCGUGACUAUUUUUAAGAAGAAACUAGAUGCUUUUAUGGACAAGGAAGAUGGGGGGGCAAUGCUGACUUAAGGGACAAGGCAAUAAGUUACUAGGAUAUGCUAAAAAAAAAAACACAAAACUCACAAAAACACAAAAAUAUUUAGCUUAGAGGAGGUAGGCCUACCCUAAAACUAAGGAACGCUCGACCUCGAC